AUGAAAACGUCGAUCUUCUCAGUGGUAAUUGAAAAAUAUGGAUGGUUAGCUGAUAUGCAUAUAACCGACUUUUUCGUUGAUAAUCAUUGGAAUCGCUUACCAAAAAUCUGGCAGAAAUCUUUCACUGAUUUUCAUCCAUCACAGUGGUUGGAAAUUAUCGAUGGUCGACUGGAAAAUGCUAAAAUUGUUUUGCCUCUUUCGUUUAUUUGUUUUUAUAAUGUAUUAAAAGUAAAUUCAUUACGACGAACAGCUGUCACGGGGCCGAAACAAUUCGCUUAUCAAUGCUGCUUUGAUAAAACUUCCAGUGAUAAGAUUAUCGAUGCUGGAUGUGGCCUUGGCCAUCUUUCGCGUCAUUUGGCUCUUCGUUUUCAUUUGAAUAAUAAGCUUUUAUCAAUCAUUGCGAUCGAAAAAAAUAAUUACUUAUACAAACGAUGUGAUCAACUCGAUCAACUAAUAUCGGAUCGCAUUGAACGCCGCUUACUUAAUGAUCCAUUAUAUUCGAAUGCAUCAACAUUUAUUUUACCUAAUCGAAUAAAACUAUCCGUCGAUAAGAACUCUAAUCUUUAUUCCAAUAAAAAUAGUUGUGAUAAAUUAAAAUGCGUCAUUGGUCUUCACGCUUGUGGCGAUUUUUCUGCAAUGCUUUUGCAUCACUUUAUUGCUCGAAGUGAUAUCGCAGUUUUGAUUCUUUUCCCUUGCUGUUAUCAUAAAUUUAGUGUUUAUGAUAAUUCUCACAGGCAGAAAUGGAAACAGACGGACGAACAAUAUAAUACUGCAGCUAAAUAUUUUCCUAUGAGCAAAGUUUGUCAAUCAUUUUCUCUCGGAUAUUUAUCACAGGAAUUGGCAUGUCAUGCCAUUGAACGUUUUGCAAAAAAUACAGAUCGAUUCAGAGAUUCAAUUCAUAAAAUACAUUGUUAUCGAGCCAUUCUUGAAUGGUUAUUUAAUAAGUUACGAGAAAAAGACAAAUCUUCAUUACAUACUUACAAGCAUUUGGGCUUGAAAAGUGUCAAAAUAUCCGAUCAUAUGACAUUUUUCCAAUAUAUGGAAAAAGCGUUAGCAAAUCGUCAACACAUUUUAAUCAAAAUUGAUGAUUUGCUGCAAAAUGAACCAUGGAUUCAUACCAAAGUUGAAGAGAUGAUUGGACGAUGGAAGGAUGUUUUUGCUUUCUAUUGUCUCCGUAUGUUAAUGGCACCCUUCAUUGAAACUAUUUUAUUGGAAGAUCGUCGAUAUCUUAUAAAAGAAUAUGGUCAUGACGCCUUUUUAAUUCCCGUUUUUGAUCCAUUAAUAUCAGCUCGGAACUUGGCCUUGAUCUGCAUCAAGAAAAAGGAUUGUAGUUCUAAUUUCUCUUAA